AUGAGUAAGGAAACUCGAAUCGGGGAUACCCGAUGGCGGAGUCCCGUCACCGCCACUUGCAUCCUUUCGCUUCGUCUUCCCCGCCCAAACCCUAACCCUUAUCGGUGUCGAUCAGAUCUCAUCCAAGGUGCCAGUCCCAUGGAUCGCCGCCACCGCGACGACAGCGCCGACAACGGCGGUGACGCCAAUGGCCAGCGGGAGAAGCGGCCCCGGCCCGCCCCUCGUGCCAUCUCCGCCGCCGAGAUCGCAGAGGAGUUUGCCCACCACGACUCCUCGGUUGCCCGCAUCAAUAACGGCAGCUUCGGUAGCUGCCCGGCCUCCGUCCUCGCGGCGCAGCGUUCGUGGCAGCUGCAAUUCCUCCGUCAGCCCGACGAGUUCUACUUCAACCGCCUCCAGCCUGGGCUUUUCCACUCCCGCGCCCUCGUCAAGGAGAUCAUCAACGCUGCCGACGUCGAUGAGGUUGCCCUCGUCGAUAACGCCACCACCGCUGCCGCCAUCGUCCUACAGCACGCCUCCUGGGCCUUUGCCGAGGGCGCCUUCCGCAAGGGCGACGCCGUCGUCAUGCUCCACUACGCCUACGGCGCUGUCAAGAAGUCCAUCCAUGCCUACGUGGCCCGCGCCGGAGGUCACGUCAUCGAGGUCCCCCUCCCCUUUCCGGUCUCCUCCAACGAGGAGAUUGUCCGCGAAUUCCGAAAGACUCUGGAGCUCGGGAAGGCCAACGGCCGGCGGGUCCGGCUUGCCGUGAUCGACCACGUCACCUCCAUGCCUAGCGUCGUGAUCCCCGUCAAGGAACUCACGAGAAUCUGUCGCGAGGAGGGCGUGGAUCAGGUGUUCGUGGAUGCCGCCCAUGCCAUCGGCAGUGUAGAGGUCGAUGUGCAGGAUAUUGGGGCCGAUUUCUACACGAGUAAUCUCCACAAAUGGUUCUUUUGUCCCCCAUCCGUCGCCUUCUUGUACACCAACAAGUCUUCUGCCUCCUCUUGUUUGCACCAUCCGGUGGUGUCCCAUGAGUAUGGCAAUGGCCUUCCUCUGGAGAGCGGAUGGAUCGGUACCAGGGAUUACAGCUCCCAGCUUGUAGUGCCCUCGGUUGUGGAAUUCAUCGGUAGGUUUGAGGGUGGGAUUGAAGGGAUCCGAAAGCGGAACCACGAGAAGGUUGUAGAGAUGGGCAAGAUGUUAGCUGAGGCAUGGGGGACGUUUCUUGGGUCUCCCCCGGAGAUGUGCUGCAGCAUGAUCAUGGUUGGAUUGCCUGGUUGUUUAAGAGUCUCUAGUGAGAAAGAUGCGAUGAAGCUGAGGAGCUUCUUGCGAGAGAAAUUCAAGGUUGAAGUUCCAAUUUACUAUCAGCCGCCCAAGGAUGGGGAGGUCCUUGAGAAGGACGGGAACAAUUGUGUCACUGGUUAUGUACGGAUUUCUCAUACUGUGUACAAUGCCGAGGGUGACUACCACAGACUUAGAGAUGCCGUUCACAAUCUGGUAGCUGAUGGAUACAACUGUGAUAUGCUUUCAUCCAAAUGAGAAGCAAUAGUUGUGCAACCACAAAAGUUAUGACAGAACUGCAGCAUUGUUGGCUUUGAACAUAUUCAAUAAUUUAAUGACAAUUGUCGGUCACUCGCCAUUGCCCUUCAGGCCUUGCCUUUUGCACAAGCUUAUGAGGUGCAUGUCUAAGUCAUUCUCGUUGAUAUCUCUGAGCCUCAACAAGAAGAGGCUCAAUAUCCAAGUCAUACCGUUGGAUGCAAAACUUAUUUUCCUUUUCUGUAAUGCAUCCGCUUCUUCCUGAAACCAGCAUAGAAUAUAGAGAAUUGAGUGAGUUACAAAAGUUAAUUAAGUUAGUUGUUGCAUUAAAAAACUAAAUUUAGGUGUUGAAUUGAACCAAUGAGUCGUUGCAUCUUUUGAACCGUUCAAAUAGCAGCGUAGUUACACAUAUAGCAUACUGUUUCACUGUUUCUUUAACACAUGUACCUGACUUCUGUUUAAUUUGUUUAACAUCCACGAAUGCAUGGUAUUGCCAGCACGAAUGAGAUAAAUAUUAUCUUUUUGCUCUUCCUUUAAUCAUACAUAUCUUUCUGUUCCAGCAUGUACAUUUUGUCUUUCUGCUUAUUUCCUUUAGUUAGUGUCAGAAAGAAUGAGCAAAUUAGAAGCAUGUCCUAACAUGGCUAGAUUCAUUAAAGCGCCAUGCCCCCUGCAAAGGAUGUUAUUGAGUUCAUCUGAUUUGCUAUUUAUCCAUUUUCUCAGAUAUAUAUGUAAUAAACGCAAUUGAGUUCACAAGACUAUCAUAUUAGAUCCUAAUUUGAUGAGCUACAAGCAUCCUUUGUCGUUACAUUUUUGCACUUUUGUGUUGCAUAAGGACUUUUUGUUUCUGGGAAUAACUGCUAGAUAAAUUGAUUGUUCUUGUCAUAGAAAACUUGGAAUUUGUUCACUUGUAAGUGGCUAAUUGAUAGUUAUUCUUGGUCUUCUGUGAGCUUCUCCAGUCAAAUGGUUUUUUGGAUUGAUUAUUCACAUUUGUUCUUGGGAAGAACUGUACAUAAUAGUGUUUUUUUUUAUAUUUUGGAGAGACAAGAUCGUUUGUAGUGAUAUUACUUCUCAGAUAUAACUUGUUACCUGAGAGGCUUCUAGGUGGCAAUAUAUAUGACAGGCACCUCUCUGUCCUGCUUUUGUGUUCUUGGGAAUCUUUUAGUAAGAUUUAACAUACCACCAUUAUAAAAUUGCUGGUAAUAUAGCAUGCUUUAUGACAACACCAUGUUCUUGUAGUCGACUCUCGAUUCAUGCUAGUCAAAUAAGCAAAGGUUUUGGGUGCCUUAGGGAAGGAUCUUAGUUGAAGGAUGAUUUGGUUGUACAUAAGUAAAAACUUCUUUCAGAGAAAAAGCAACCUCUUAUUCUGUCAUGUUUAGUUGAAAUCAAUCCUUUUGGUUCUUUCAUCUUCCACUCAUACAUCAUCUGCAUUUCUGUGUUCCUUUCUGAUUCAAAAAGCAGAAAGUGCCGGUAAAAGUUCUAUAUCUGUGGCCAUAUUUUUUAGGCAGGAUCAAUAUUGAAUUCAGACUUUUGGAGGAAUCAUUCCUUUAUUUUAUGGUGACUCACCAGCCUCUUGUUUCUCUAGAAGUCGGUAUGAGUCUAUAGGUAGUCUGCAGAGAGGAUGAUGACAUCAAAAUCCCAGGAGGAUCUAGGAGGGUGUUGGGAAAAUAGUAUCUGUUUGAUUGGAGGAACUUAUGACCUGGCUUGAUUUCAUCUUGUACAGGAAGCUUGGUAGCUGGAGGUUGGAGUUAAAUCCGGUAAACUCUUUCACAAUCUCUCAUUUGCUCUGAAGAACUAUUUUGACACCAGGUUUCCUUGAAAGUGGAGGUCUGCUUCAGGCCAUCACAUAUGCAAAGCUACAUGGAUGUUGGCUUUUAUCGCAGUACUUUUUGAUGCAAAAACAAUGUCAAUUUAGUUACACUUCAUGAUCUUGAAAUUGUCACUGGACAUGUUCUUUGAAAAGUUUUCUUUAUGGCA